CAAAACCUGCAAUCCACCUGUAAGUGUGUUCCCGACUUCCCUCCAUUUUCCUUCAUCUCUCCCCAAAAAGUCGUUCUCCUUACCUGCAAAUUCUUUCUCUUUAGUCAAAAGCUACACUGCCCUCAUGGGUCCCCUCUUAAUCUCCCCACCAAACAAACAAAUUCUCAAUCCAAAAUCUCCAUCAUUAACAACAGAUUUGAAAAUUCUUUCAAAGACCAAUCAAUGCGAAAAUUGGUAAUUUUCCAUGAUUCAUGAUUAUGAUUAUUCCAACUGUAAAGCUUAACCUCCCUCGGAUACUGAGUCAAGCAGCAGCUCCCAAUUCCCAUGGCGGAUUCAUAACACUAUAGAACCCUAGAUCCUCUAUUUGUCCUUGUAUAUCAGUUUUUAACUUCUUUCUGGAGUGGAUAAUUGGGGAGAUCAACAAACACAAUGCCUUCAAGACAACCUUCUUCUUUCCCACAUCAACAGCCCACAAAACACAGAGCUACCUUCAUCUUCCUCGUAAUCACUGUUUUUUCAUCAAUUCUUAUACUUAUUGGAGUUCUUUACUUGCUUUACUACCUGUGGUAUACGUUGAUUCAUCGGACUCGUACUAGUCCUCUUGACUCGUGUCCAGAAUUUUUGAAACUACAUCGUUACAGCUACAAAGAGCUCAACUCCGCCACCAAUGGCUUCUCCGAUGAUAAUUAUAUCGGAAAAGGCGGUUCAGGUACCGUGUACCGUGGUAUACUCAGAAAUGGAAAACUCGUUGCUGUGAAGAUGCUUGAUUCGGAGUCGUUAGACGCCGAACGUGAGUUCCAAACCGAGCUUCGAAUCCUCGGUGGAUUAGAGUCGCAGUUUAUCGUUUCAUUGUUAGGGUAUUGCUUUGAUAAGAAGAAGCGAUUGGUGGUUUAUGAGUACAUGCCGAAUCGGAGCUUACAGGAAUCUCUUUUCUCCGAUCGUAGCUUGAAUUGGGAGACAAGAUUCGAUAUCAUCCUAGAUGUUGCUAGAGCACUUGAGUUCUUACACCGGGAAUGUGAUCCGCCGGUGAUUCACGGAGACGUGAAGCCUAGCAACGUUUUACUCGACACUGAGUUCCGUGCAAAACUCGCCGAUUUCGGAUUGUCGAAAUUGAAGAUCGAGCCGGAAUUCGGUGUGGAUUUGUUCAGUCAAGAUCUAUCAGGAACUUUAGCUGGCGGCGGCGUCGGAGAGUCUCCGGCGAUUGGAACUCCAGUCGAUAGUAGUAACGCCAAUGAGGUAGAUUUCGCUCUUGCUCUACAAGCUUCCUCCUCUUCGACGCCGACCAACAAUAAGGUUGUGUGUAAUAAUCCAAAAUUUGGGUUCACAAACGAAAAAGGAAAGGACAUUGAAAACGGUGGUGGUGAUGAUUGGAUUAACAAUAAAUUCACGAAUUAUGACGAUGAUUUAGGUCUUAAUUUCGAUAAUAAUCACAUUGGAGAAUCCAAUAUGAAUCCCUCCGACGAUCGCAAAACUGGCAAGAAACAAUGGGGGAAAGAUUGGUGGUGGAAACAAGAGGGCAGCGGUGAGCUUUGCAGCAAGGAUUACGUCCGAGAAUGGAUCGGAAGUCAAACCUGUUCAUCGGCCAAUCCAGAUUGGGAUGAUGAUAAGAACUUUGAAUUAAAGGAUUCCAACGACAACGAAAACAAACCAGAAAACGAAGAACAGAGUGGCUGGAAACGACACCGGAAAAUGCAAGAAUGGUGGAAAGAAGAACACCUCGACGAACUCAGCAAUAAGAAAGUCGAGAAGAAGAAGAAGAUUAAACGAAAAUUGAAGCUCUCGAUCUUCCGAAAAAAACGAAAAACAAACCGUCAUAAUCACGAAAACGAGAUCGAUCCAAACACAGAGUUCAGUUUCAGGAAGAACUCAAAGAAGAACAGCGAAGAUCUCUUCAGCCGCGAACUCAGCAGCACAACAAGCAUGCGAGGGACGCUUUGUUACGUAGCACCAGAAUACGGUGGUUGCGGUUAUUUAAUGGAGAAAACCGAUAUUUACAGUUUUGGAGUACUGAUUCUGGUGAUUGUUUCUGGUCGAAGACCAUUACAUGUUCUGUCAUCACCGAUGAAGCUUGAGAAGGCGAAUUUGAUAAGUUGGUGUCGACAAUUGGCUCAAGGUGGUGAUUUGUUGGAAUUAGUGGAUGAGAGAUUGAAAGAGGGUGAAUGUUAUAAUAAGGUGCAGGCGAUUUUGUGUGUGAAUUUGGCUCUAGCUUGUUUACAGAAGAUGCCGGAGUUGAGGCCGGAUAUUGGGGAUAUUGUGAAGAUUUUGAAUGGGGAAAUGGAUCUCCCGGUGGUUCCGUUUGAGUUUUCACCAUCACCGCCUUCCAAAUUGGUCGGGAAAUCUAAAUCAAGGAGGAAGAACAACAAUGGCGAUUGAAGGUGUAGUGUUCUUGUUGCAUUUGUAUAUUAGUUAAAUUGGUCGACUCCUAGAUAAUUUAGUCUAAAAGUUAAAAGCUGAUCAACCGAUUAUUUUUAUUUUUAUUUUUAUUGAAGAGGCUCACCUUCUUUAUGUGAAGUUGUAAAGGUAUGGUUCUUCAAUUGAAGUAACUACAACAAAGAUCAAGAGGUUGUUCAAUGAAACCCUAAUAUGGUGAAGAGGAUUCUUGACCAUAUAAGGAAAUUUUUGAAAUAAACCAUAAUUCCAAACC